AUGCAACUCAAAUAUCCACAGACAUCCAUGGCAGACAACGUAGCUGAGGAAGUUGAACAAGUCGAACAUGCCACUGAUGGACCAACACAGCCACCAGCAGGCGUCGUAACCAAAGACCCAUUGACGUGGUCCAAGUGGAUGAAGCUUGGCAUCACGUUCAACAUCUGUGCCAAUGUUUUCCUCAACAACGCCUGCGCCGCCGGCCUUGUCCCAACUCUGGGCCCCAUAGCCGCUGAGUUCGGCAUUCCAAUCACCACCGCCUCGUACCUCAUGUCCUACAACGUGCUCGCCCAGGGUCUGAGCAACUUGAUCUGGGUCCCAACCAUGCUGUGCUUCGGCAAGCGGUGGGUGGUCCUGGGCUCCAUGGGACUUUUGCUGCCGUGCAUCGCGUGGGCGGCCGUGGCGACUGGCUACGAGUCACUCCUGGGAGCGCGCGUGCUCGGCGGCUUUGCAUCUGGCGCCUCUGAGACGUUUGCGCCGGUGAUUAUCGCCGAUAUCUGGUACGAACACGACCUGACCACGGCCCUCGGCUUCUUUGCCCUGUGCAUCUUGGCCGGUGCCUGCUUAGGCCAGACAGCGUUGGGAUAUGUGACGGAGGGUGUGGGCUGGCGAUGGGCAUAUUGGGUCACCUUGAUUGCCUGCGCCCUGAACUUCAUCACCAUCUUUCUAUGGCUCCCUGAGACGACCUUCCAGCGCGGUCUCAGCGUAGGUAUUACUGCUGGCGACUUGGAGCGGAGCGAGAAGCAGCGCAAGAAGCCUGUCAGCACGAAUCUCGAGGCAGCAGAUUCUAGCGCCUGUGCCCAGGGCAGUUGCUCAGAGCCGUUGCCCUCCAUGCGCCCCAACUUGUGGUUCAUCCGCCACCCUCAAGUCGACUACAACGCCAACUGGUUCCUCUGCUUCGUUAGACCCUUUUGUUUCGUUCUGGCGCCAACAGUGCUCUGGUCUACCCUGACGUACGGUGUGGCAGCGGGCGGCUUCACAGCCAUCGGCGUGUGCAUUCCGCAGCUCCUAGGGGCGCCACCAUACAACUUCAAUCCCGGUGCCCAAGGCCUAUUCAGUCUAUGCUCGUUUGUCGGCGUUGUCCUGGGCGGCACGGUCGGGACCAAGGUGGUCGACAUCGUCAAUGCAAGGAUUGAGCAGCGUCGCUCUGAACACGGCCAGAGCCAUAAGCCCGAGGAACGCCUGAUCAUGCUUGCGGUCCCCUUCUUCACUGUUACCACUGGCCUCGUCUUGUACGGAGUGGCUGUGGAGCGCCAGCUCUCCUGGAUCGGCCCGGCUUUUGGGUAUGGGAUGCACUCAUUUGGCUUCGCAGUCCUUGCAGGCAUUACCUUCAGCUACGCAGUUGACUCGUAUCUUGUGAGAAGUGGCGAGGUGAUGGUGUUCAACAAUACUGUACGCGCCUUACUCUCUUUCGGUUUUGCACAUUUCGUACCUAACUGGACGAUUCAAGUCGGACCCGGUGUCGCAUACUCGGUGUUGGCGGCCAUCAUCUGGGGUCUUCUGUUGUUUGCGAUUCCCAUGUUCUUCUUCGGCCCUCGGUUGAGGGAUCGAACACAUCGCUACCUUUGA